AUCAUUGUGGGACACCCGUCCAUUGUACGGAUGGACCGGAUGGACGAAUGUGCGGGCCAUUCUUGUUCUUCUUUUCUGGUUGCUGAAUGAAACCAACGUGACUAACGAUGUUACAUAGGAAAAUAGUGAUUGGCGACAUCUUACGUCGCCGACUGUUGUAGUUUCUUGGUCCCAUGCCUGUCUUAAAAGGCAGUCAUUACUAACUUCGCAUACCUUGCUGUGGCCUCCUCCUACACAGGUACGCGCUAUGUCAAAUAAGCCAUGGCUCACCCACCAAUGGGCGCUUGUGUGUCUCUUCACCGCCACCCUGGCUGCCGCGGCGAGCCGCCGCCAUGGUCAGCAACACCUGAGGGGAUCCCAGACAUCGUGGCUGGACUCCUCCCUGCUUCAUGUGCCUGCACAAGGAUCCACCCAACAAGUCGGUGAUCAAAGAUCUUGGAACCCUCAGACGCCCAGAAAGAAGGACCAGAGGAUGCCCAGGGUGGGGGCACUCCCACGAGAACGGAGACCUAACAUUGUACUCAUACUUACGGAUGACCAGGAUAUCGAGCUUGGUUCAAUGAAUUUCAUGCCCAAGGCCCUGCGUAUCCUUGGGGAAGGCGGCGCUCAUUUUCCGAAUGCCUACGUGUCGACGCCAAUGUGCUGCCCUUCACGGUCAUCAAUGCUCACUGGACUAUAUGCCCACAACCAUAAUGUACAUACCAAUAAUGACAACUGCUCAUCUCCUCAGUGGCAACAAGAAUUUGAGUCACGUUCCUUUGCCACGUACCUUAAUAAUGCUGGGUAUCGUACAGCAUAUUUUGGCAAGUACCUGAACGAAUACAACGGCAACCACAUCCCACCCGGCUGGCGCGAGUGGGCUGCACUGGUUCGUAAUUCGCGCUUUUACAACUAUACUGUAAACGUGAACGGGAACAAGAUCCGGCACGGGGAAGACUACGCCCGAGACUACUACCCGGACCUUGUGGCCAAUGACAGCAUCACUUUUCUGCGCCACUCGAAGCAACUCUUUCCACACAAGCCCGUGCUGAUGGUGGUUUCUUUUCCGUCACCCCACGGCCCCGAAGAUUCGGCUCCACAGUACCAGCACUUGUUCCACAAUGUCACAACUCACAGAACACCAAGUUGGAAUUAUGCACCCAACCAGGAUAAGCAGUGGUUACUUCGUUACACUGGACAGAUGGAACCCAUCCACAUAAAAUUUACUGACAUGCUGCACACAAAGAGGUUGCAGACUUUGCAGACUGUCGACGACGCUGUGGAGAAGCUCUACAAGGAAUUGGUAAACUUGGGAGAGCUGAACAACACUUACAUUUUUUACACGUCUGACCAUGGCUAUCAUUUAGGCCAGUUCGGUCUCGUCAAAGGGAAGUCGAUGCCGUUUGAAUUUGACAUUAGAGUUCCCUUCUAUGUGAGGGGUCCAAAAGUACCUGCAGGGGUGAGGAUAAGGGAUAUAGUGCUAAAUAUUGACUUGGCACCAACCUUCCUGGAUAUUGCCAACAUUGAUGUUCCUGACCACAUGGACGGAAAGUCAUUCUAUCCGAUCCUGAGUGACGGCUUGGCGUCUGUCAUGGCUGGAAAUAACCUUGGAGAAAUCAAGAGAAAGAAGACAUGGAGGGACAGCUUUCUCAUCGAACGUGGGAAGGUUACCCGAGAACAUUUCGCCGAUGGCACGAUGAAAUCGCCAAAGGAGAGGAACUUGCACUUCAAGUGUCUGUCUGGGAGGUACCCAUCACCAUGUCUGCGGCACCAGAGAUGGGAAUGCACGCACGACGGAGACAGGUGGCACAUGCGUCGCUGUAGCUCGCACCUUCGCAAGGACUGCAUCUGCGAAUCUGAAGAUGCGGAAUUUGGUUUGGAGUUGGAUCAUGGAUCCCUCGCCCACUUUGGCUUGACUCAGGAACUUCGACGACGCCCGGCGGAGUCCGGUGCACCCGCGGAAGGUCACGAAUUUCGGGGGUGGCAGUCGACAUUGACUGCUGAAGAAAGGAAGCUUCAGAGGCGCUUUCUGAAAGAGCAUGUUGGGAAAGCAUUCCGGCCAGUAUUUAUUGGAAGCCGCUCAAGACGACGUAUUGAUGAGCUGCCGGAGAACUUUGAUGUGUCGGAUGAGCCAGCACUCUCAGCCUUUCUAAAUGCUACCAUGGGAGACCUACUGGCAGAAGAGGCAAAGCUUUUCAACCGCAGCAUCACAAACCCCGCCUUGACGAAGUUGGACGACGAGCCGUCCCUUUGGGAGAGGGACCUGGAGCCAACGGUGGAGGGUGCACCAAUUCGCCACAAGCAGAUGUGGCGGCAGAAGAAAGAUCGUAUAAACGCCAUGAUAAAAAAGCUGAGGCAGAAGCUAGAAGAGCUGAAGGUGCUGCGGCGGCGCAUCAAGAAAAACCGCGUGACUGCCAGUGGCGGUGCAGGAGAAGACAAGUCAUCGGAAUGUGUUUGCAGUUCAGACGGUGGGAGGCCUGAAAAUGGUCAGGGGGACAGCCUGGACAGUUUUCUCCCGAGGCACGGCAGGAGGAGGGAUGACCAAGCAAAACGCAAAGAGCGAAAGGAACGUCGCAAGUUUAAAUUUGAAAACACGACCUGCAACCUGGAGAAGAUGAAUUGCUUCACCCACAACAACGACCACUGGAAGACUCCCCCACUUUGGACCAAUGGACCGUUCUGCUUCUGCCAGAAUGCGAACAACAACACUUUCUGGUGCAUGCGGACGAUCAACGAUACUCAUAACUUUCUUUACUGCGAGUUCAUCACGGGCUUCAUCACCUAUUACGAUAUGAGGAACGAUCCUUAUCAGCUGAGAAAUGUGGUUUACAACCUUUCGCAUGAUGUGCUUGGAGAGCUUCACAGCACCUUGGCCAAACUGAAGAGGUGCAAAGGGGGGAGGGAAUGUACCAUCCGGUACAGGGGUGAAGGGCGCAAGACAGAUGGUUUGGGCGGAACCCCCAAAAGUCGCCAUGAUAGGCACUGGAGGAAAACCCAACGCUCUUGAAUGUGCAAGGGUUGGACAUGAGUACUUGGAAACCUUCGCUUUGUUCCUGCACCGUGCGUAUUGUAGUGCACUUUAGUAUGUACUGCCUGCAGGGUGCCUAUUUGGUGUAGUACCUGUCAUACCAGGCUUAUGACAAAACAGCUUUGUGCUGUGACAAUAAGCAUAGAACGCUACAGUGCAGCUUUCUGCAGUAGAUCCUCUGGUGGCUCCGACAGAUGUAAAAAGAUUUACCCAUGAAACUGCUCUAACAAUGGGCAGACUCAAACUUUGUCUCAAGCCACAUAGUAACCUGUCAUUCGUGGACCUCACUUUGCAUUCACGCUUCAAGGUGCAUUGAAUUAAUAACGUAACUAUAGGUAGCAGUAGUCGCUCUGUCAAGACAACUGAGAUUAACUUUAAUUUUUCAGAUAUUGUGACGUCACAGUCUUAUAGAGGUUCAAAUUCACAGACGUCCGCAAUAUUCUAACUUGUGUUUGAAAAAUUUUGAAAAGUUCUGCUAGCACCCCCCUCUGCUGACAUGGCUGAAAGACUAUGUUGCAGAAACAGACAAGGCUGAAUAUUUUUGCACAGGUCCCACGUGUUCAUAGCAUACAAAUAUGCGGUACCAAAGUUGGUAUUUUAUAACCAUAGCAAUAACAGCAUUUUGAUCUUUAGGUUACAAAUGUAAAGUCUGUGAACGGUUACGAAAUUUGUCGAGUUUGACUUGGAACUUGAAAGUUCGUUACCAAGUGAUCUGGUGGGUUUGACUACGAACCUCUGGUUUGCGAAAAGUUCUUGACGUCACUAGACACAUAAUCAUUGAAUUGACUUGAUUGAUAAUGCAAGUGCCAUUUUACGGUAUGACAAAUCUAAUGUGGUUGUUAAAUAGUAAAUGCAACAAAACAUUGCAUCUGCUACGGGCUUGCAUCUGUGGGGCUUGCUAACUGUGCCUGUGAUACUUCUAGCUGAUAUGUGUAUAUGACGUGUUUCCUUACAGCAUGCAACCUAUGAUUUCGAUAGCUGCUUCGGUAACUUUGUUCAUGUUUUUGUGACUACGUUUUAUGCACGCUACAUCCAAGUGAGCCGUGAAGCAGACAGUCAGGCUGUUAACACGUACUCCAGUCUGAUAACUUAUGGUAUGAAUUAUGUAUAAGAGACCAAAGACAGUGUUUAAAGCCAGGUAUGCUUAGAACACUGUGUUCCAAGGUUAACCCCUAAAACCCGUCACCAGUAAACCAGGACCCGUAACCAGUAAAACCCGUUUUUAUCAUCCACCUUGCAUCACUUCGUGAAAAAGUCUGGAAGAACCUGAGAACCAAGCUCAACCAAAGCGAAAACUGAGCCACCUAUACAGGCUCCGGUGAACACCAAAUAACCAAAUACUUUCCCACUUUGCACUGCCAUCUUGUGUCUUCUUUUCGGCUUCUUGUUUUCCACCACGAAAUAUGCUCUUUCGCUGAUAUCACCCGAUUAUACCGUUUUAUAGCUUGUAAUAUAAAUCCCGAUUUGUAAAACAAAAAAACCUGAGGGCACAGGGAGUCUAGGUGUACCUUGCUAAAACAGCCAGACAGCUUCACUCUAUUUCAUUCAACUGUGUCUGUUUGAUUCGUCGUGGCGCUUUCUUUUCUCCAACGUUUCUUCUGGGAGAGUCGUUUGUGAACAUAAGACGACAUAGAAAAUGCUCUGGGAUGACCUAUAUGCAUGUUAGUCUAAUGGCGAUUGGCUGGUAAACACAGCGAGAAGAAAGCUCUUGAUCUAUAAGAACAAAUUUGAAUGCAUGUGCAUUCCCUCUGAUAAGCUCUACCUACACAAGCUCUAUCCUCAUAGCCGUAGCAGAGCGGAACAGGAGUUCUAUCCUUUAUAUUAUAUUCACUGAUAAUAUUAGAUGGCAUCAUUGAAACAUGUUACACCCAGUUGCGAUUUCUGUGCCUUCCUCUGUCCAUCUUUUGUUUGAACCUUUUGAUAUGCCUUAUUGCACAAACCCUUUCAUGUCACAUCACAUUUUUACUUAAUUUUUGAUAUUUUGUUGCUUUACAAUGUUAGGCUAGGCCUUGACACAGACUUUAUUGUAUUUAACUGUGUCUAGUAGAUUAUAUGAAAUAUUUUGUAGAAUCUCUUAGAUAUUUAUUUGUUAUUCCACUGCUAUUUCUGCGUGAUUGCAGCCCAGCGACGAGAAGUAAAUUAAUAUAAGUUUGUCCUUUAUUUGUAUGUUGCCACUCAGUUGAUUGUUUCAGCCAAUUCUACCUAAUGCUCAUGGUCCAUGAAGUGGUGUGGUUCAAAGUAAACUAUGUACAUCAUGUUGAUAGCAAGCAUCAAAACCGUUAUUAUGCUUUAAGACUGACAAUCUUGUUAUGUUUGUGGGUGCCUUUAACUCGAAAUGUGAUCCCAUUGUUCACUGUGCAGCUUCUGUGUCGUCUGGUUUCAACACUGUAGUGCCGAGUUUCACUACAGUGCUUCACUACGUUAGGAGCAUCUAGCCAAAGAUUUUCAGGUUCCUAUAGCACAGUGUUUUGUCCAGGAGGGUCUGAUGACGAUAGUCCAUGUCUGUUGGACUUUAUGAAAACAUGACUUUUGUGUGCAAAAGCGCGUGGUCAAUCAGCAUGUUUUACAGAGAGCUGGCAAGAUCUGAACCUGUCGUCUUUGGCGUGCUGUGUAGUCCUGCUAUAUUCUGUAUUAUAGUUGUAAUAGUUGCAAUACAACCAGCUUGUGUUGCAAGUAAUAAUAUCAAAGUAAUAUACUGAUGUCUGUGUUACUGUAUUGCAGAAGCCUCACUAGUUGACAGUUUCUCUAUAUCAGUUUGACAUAUCCAAAAGUAGUGUUAUGUUUUAUAACUAGAGCCUUGUGUUCUGGGGUUAGAUACGGUAAACUCUGUUUUUGAGUCCCCUGAUUUGCAUCAUUGCUGUUUCUGGUAAAACCUGGAUAACCAAGCCCUCCAAAGUGCAGAUCCAGCCGCUCAUACAGGCACCAUAGAAUGCUAAAUACUUUGCACCCAGCACUGGCACUUGGCAUCUCGUAUUUACAUGAAGUGUGAGAAGCACUGUUUAAAAAUAUCUACCACAAAAUCUUCUCUUUUACGUGAUGUCGCUGUUUACACAAUGUUUUACAAGGUCCUGAAGUAAACUGCUUGUUGUACUUUGAUUUUAAAAAAAACUGAGAACACAAGGGUCUAUUUAUAAUCAGUUCAUGCUCUUCUAGUAGUUGAACCUGCAUUUGUCAUUACAGUGCUGCAAAAUUAGGACUUUUAAUUAGGAAGUGUUAAAUCGCUCUCUUUUUCCUUUUUAGUCAUGUGAUUGAGAGUGAACUAUUUGGUCCUUUUCCCAUCGCAAGUGUUAAUCAGAGUUUAGUGAAUCGCAGUACACUUCCCUUUUCUAUGUGAACUACUGUGGUUUGAUAUUUGUUCGUAGAAUCCAUUGUGUUGUGCACAUUCUGGCAUUUCUUCAAUGUGAGCUUCCUUGUGUGGGACCAGGGAUAUAAUGCCCAGCCACAACCGAAUGCAUUUCUUAUGCACAUGUACAUCGUAUACGUAGGCAAUCUAGUAGUGUGCACACAUUUCUGCACGUAAUGCCAAUGUAAUGUGCCCUGGAUGUUCACAUUCAUUUUCUACACAUGUAUAUAAAUGAGGGGGAAUGUAAUGUAAUGGAGGAAUUGGGCGUAAUGAGAAAAAGUCUGAGCUGGGUUGCUGCCUGUUAAAAUGAUAGCACCUUAUUCCUCCCGUUGCAAGUUUCGUCGCUUUGGUAGUGCAUAGUCUGCGGAGCAUCUGUGGUUCCUCUUCAGCAGACAGUGUGCUAUGGGAGGGUCUAACGCAAAUGUUUGUCACAGGGUGUAUGCGACGAUCAGCAAUAUACUGGGAUUGACUGUACAUUGAUCGUAGUAUCGUCAUGCUGUGCUAUAGGGCUCCGCAUGAACAUGGUGACCUUCAUCAAGCAUAGCUCUUAGUUAGUUGCUAUUAUAUUAAUUACUGGGCACAAAUGUAAAAUGUAGGCCAUGCACAUAAACUAGCACAUAACAAAGUCCCUGUGUAUGUGAUAUUGUGGAACACUGUUCAAAGUAGGCUUACCAUUGAGGUAAUAGAGUGCAUACCCUUUCCAUAUUUCAAUUUUGUGCUUUAUAAUUGAUGUGGUUUCCUGAUGGGCAAUUAUAUGUAUUUUUUUACACACCA